AUGCGAAGUAGCAGCUCAGUAAACCGACCUAUUGUCCAACCAACAACUCAAUCAGCUAUCGCGCGUCUGGAAUUUAAUGAUCAUCAAAAUGAACUUUCUGCGAUCUUCAAUUCGAACUCAGGCGCAACUUCUAUUUCAAACUUUUCAUCAAGUGUCCAGAAGGAAAGCCGUGCUACCAGUCCAAUUGUAAACUGGCAGCUGCAGGACACUCAACUGAGCGCAUUCAAAAGCAAAAUCUCCAUACUUGAAAAGCAGCUCAAUGAGAUGAUUGCAAAGAACUCUCGCAGCAAAAUUGAAAACGAGAUAAAAGAAACAAAAAUAAAGAGUGAGUUAGAAGCAAGUCAGCGAAUGGUCAGUGAUUUGAAGAAGGAACUAGCCGCUUCAAGUGAACAGCGUGAAAAGAUCAAAGCCGAACUUGAGCAGUUCCAGAAUGAGCAUCUGAAGCAAUCGGAAGCCUUUGAUACGACCCAACUGGAGUACGAAAAAACGAUUUCUGAGCUGAAGAAUGAGAUCUUGGAGUUAAAGUCUUCAGAAGCAGAGGCCAAAACGGCGCUGGCUUCAGAAACUGUGAAACUGAAAUUUCGUGUUGAUGAACUUGAAAAUUUGCUGGAAAAGUCAAACGCUGAAAAACAUGUCUACCUGAGCAGCUUUAAUGAGUUAUCAUCUAAAGACUUUAACGUUGAACGCCUUAAGGAGGACCUGAACUCGGCCAACCAGGAAGUUGCACUUUUGAAGGAACAGGUGGAGUCGCUCCAGGAGAACGCUCGGCUCAAUGAUAUGCUUAAAGGCGAAAUUAACCACUACCAACAGGUGCAAGAAGAAAAUUCUCAUCUUAAGAAUAAGCUUAGCAUGCUCAGUGAUGUUCAUACCAAAAAUCUUGUUCUGAAAGAGCAAGUGGAAAAUCUUAAGGCACAACUAGCAAAUCAAAACGAACUUAUCCGGCAGAAGAACGUCGAUCUUGGAGAGCUGACCUUCAACAAGAAGCGAAUCAAUGAAUGGAUUCAAAUUGUUGGAGCAGACACUCCAGAUAUUGUUGUCAGUCAACUGAACGAAAUGAAACAGAUGCUGGACAUGAUUCGCAUGGAGAACGAAUCGCUGAAGGCUGAUUUAAAGGACAAAACUUCGAAUGAGUCAAUGGUGUCAAACUUUUCUAAGGCAAACGAACUGCAAAUGAGUCAGCUAAAUCAGGAAAUUUCCCAACUAAAAGCCAACUUUAAAAGACUUAACCGAAAGUGCUUACUUAUUGAAAAGCAGCGUGAAUCUUACAAAAAUGUCAUCGAUUCUUAUGAAAGCGAAGUGACCAUAGAUUUUGACAAUGUCCAGCGGAAACGCGCUUCGGAAUUGGAAGCGGCUUUGAACGAACAAAAGGAACUAAUGGCGAUUUACGAAAAUGAUCUAAAAAUUGCCAAUGAAGUUGCAGCUAAGCUAAUGGCUAAGGAGAGAGAAGUCCACGAACUUACUUCUGAGAUAGAGCGAAUUAAGAUGCUGAAUCCUCACGUGUGCACCACCAACAUCACACUGGAUGUUUCAACUUUGCAGACAAGGGAGAAAAACUUUCGCGUGAUUCACCUCAAAGAGAAUCCCAUUUCGGUCAAGAUCAACGAAUACAAUGAAGAGUUUAAUCGUCUAAGCGAGGAGAAUGCUCGAUUAAAGUGUCUGGUUGAGGUGCUCGAGUCCGGCGACGUAGCUGACAUGACACGGCAGAUCAACGAUGGACUUCAAAGUCGCACAGAGGUAGAAAAGUGGAAGAAGAAGUUUGAUUCACUAGAAAAGCGUCACAGUGGUUUGAAGGACAGCUUCAAGAAGAUUAGCAAGUCUUUUCGGGAGACCUGCCUCUACCUGACCGGCUACCGCAUUGACGCCAUUGCCAGCAAUCGCUACAAACUUACUCACNCUGAAAGACAGCUUCAAGAAGAUUAG